UGCUGCUUAUCCAACCGCAGUGAACCCUCGUGCGGAGGCUACUUGAUACUGCGCUUUGCAGGCUUCUAUAGCAGCAGUGUGAUGCAUAGCCUAGGUGUGAUGUCCUGCUGAUGCACAUGCUUGAAAAUAACGCAGCUGAGUUUGUCUAUUUGUGAUGGUUUUUCUACUUUUCUCUUAUCUUGAAUUCGCAUUUGACGCGCCGAAUCUGGUAAUUUGUUCGCCACUGAAUUACCGUUUUAAGAGUGGAUGCUGGAUACAUGUGUUGGAGCAUUUGUAGGAUUUCUAAAUUCUGAAUGAAAUGCAGGUCUGGUAAACCCAGUGACACAGUCCAUUUGAGAUGUCCGAAAUCCAUCAUUAUAAUCAAAGUCGACCCAGCAGCACACGUGGCAGUGAUUAUGUGUGGCAGUAUGAAUAUUAUGAUGAUGACGAGCCCGUGUCUUUCGAGGGUCUCAAGGCUCAUCGAUUGGGACACCACUGGGCACAGACUGGUUCAAUCAACCUUGUUUCAACAUCAUUUGUCAACAUAUUGUGAUGUGGAAUCUAUGUGGAAAAUACAGUGGAUUUGCAAAAAGUCAUCAACUGUUGUUUUGAGUGAAAAUUCAACCACAGGAUUAUGUCAUUAUGACUCCAUCGUCAUCGGCUUCUGGGUGGGACUAGCCGUGUUCGUCGUCUUCAUGUUCUUCAUCCUCACCCUGCUGACCAAGACAGGAGCCCCGCACCAAGAAAACCUGGAGCCGUGCGAGAAGCGCCACCGGCUGGGGAACUGCGUCGUGGACAUCCACUGCCCCCAGGGGGACUCCCUGGCCGACGAGGACAAGGCCUUCUCGCGCCCCCUUCUGGACGAAUCACGCUCCUUCUUCUACAUCAGCAAGGAGAAGCAGGGGAGAGGGGAUGGAUGUGGGCCACAUAGGGUCCGUGGGAGUCUGGGAGGACGCAGCUCCUUCGGGCUGGAGGAGAUGGGGGAGGCGGGGGAAGCCAGCGAGCGGGGAGACGGCGGUAUCGACCUCCAGGGACUUCCAGAGGAGGGAAAGUCAGAGAGGGAACACAUCUUCCUGUCGCACCACUUCGACAUUCCCAACUUUGUGAACUCGGAGCACAGCUCAAUGACGGGAGAGGAUGAUCUGCUGCUGUGUGAGCCGCCCGCCCUCCUGGACAGCCAAUCGUGCGUUCUGGAUGGCCACCACGUCAUCAGCUGAGGCCCCGCCCCAUCCACGUACAUCAUUGACAUCAUUAUUGGAGAUAUGUUACCAUAGCUGCAGAUGAAUGGCAAUACUUGAGUUCUAAAUGGCCUCUGCUCAUUUCUUUUAUAGGAAUGUGGACUAACAUUUACUGUUAAGUCACACUGACCUCACCCAUGACUACCAGGGUUGUGUUCAUUAGGGCAUGCAACAAAAAAAAACAUUUUGAAACAUAAAAACAAACAUUUGUGUUUCUUAAUGGACAAUUCCAGUUAGUCCCGCCCUGUUUCAGUCCGUUUUCCUGUGUUUGGUGACUCAUGAACAUGACCUAGCUCUUUUCCAUCUGGCUAUUGGCUGAAAAUACUCUCUACAAACCACCAUCAAUCAGCCCCUGGUGAACCUUACUUGUUAGCUUGUACUAAUAGGUUGACAAUGUUUUCUGCAAGGGAGAAUAUUCUCAAGUUGAAACUGCAGCGUCUUUUUAUCACCUUUAUUUAACUAGGCAAGUCAGUUAGGAACAAAUUCUUAUUUACAAUGAUGGCCUAGGAACAUUGGGUUAACUGCCUUGUUCAGGGGCAGAACGACAGAUUUUUACGUUGUCAGCUCGGGGAUUCGAUCUAGCAACCUUCCGGUUACUUGUCCAAUGCUCUAACCACUAGGCUACCUGCCGCACCGAACCAUCACAUUAUCUUAAUUGGCUAACUCAUGAAUUAAUUUUAUAAGUAUGGGCUGGAUGACACUACACUGGAGAGAUGAGAUGCCUCUUUAUGAGAAACCAUCUCAUAAAGAUUGAAUGAAAAACGCACAGAGGGCGUUGGAGAAGAGCGAGAGGGAGAGAGACUGUGUGGAAUACAUAUUGAUGAACACUAGUCUUCCGUUGCCCUUGUCGUAUCUUGACUGAGAAAUGUUCCAGACAGAAACAUCAUCAGACACUAAAGAAGCAGGUUCUAAACGCAUAAAUGCAUGUAUAAAUACUGUUCAUGUAUAGAUGAUUAUACAGGUAAUAUAAACCAUCAGCCAUGAGUCUCUGAGUGUUUUUUGUUAACCGGUAUAUUACACUAGCAUAGCACAGACAGCUAAUUAAAGUCGCCGGCCAGCUUCAGAACCUACAGCUGCAUCUAAUCUAAGCUUUGUUUGCUUUAAUUCAUCUUUAUGAAAGAACCGAAAAAACAAACCUUUCAUAAUACAAACACAUUAGUCAAUAACAAGAUGACAAUACAAGGUACAAGGAGAUUGUCUCAUUGUAAGUUAGAGGAGAUGUCAUCCUGCAUUCAUCUUGCAAAGACUAGCUAGCGUCCCAAAUGGCUGUCACGCCUUGGUCUUAGUAUUUUGUGUUUUCUUUAUUAUUUGGUCAGGCCAGGGUGUGACAUGUGUUUAUGUUGUUGUAUUUCGUAUUAGGGUUUUUGUAUUAUUGGGAUUGUGGCUGAGUAGGGGUGUUGUAUGGGCUUGGCUGCCUGAGGCAGUUCUCAAUCAGAGUCAGGUGAUUCUCGUUGUCUCUGAUUGGGAACCGUAUUUAGGUAGCCUGGUUUCGCUUUGUGUUUCGUGGGUGAUUGUUCCUGUCUCUGUGUAGUGUUCACCAGAUAGGCUGUAAUAGGUUUCACGUUCCGUUUGUUGUUUUUGUAUUUAUUAGUUAUUUCAUGUAUCGUUCUGUUUUUUCAUUCAUUAAAGACAUGAGUAACCACCA